UCGCUUGAGGGUAGUCUUUGUGAUGAGAUGGCUCAGUUUCAUGUGUGUUUUUUCACAGAUUGAAGCAGCAGCCAAGCUGAGAUGGUACCCUUCAUUCUCAGGGUCGUCUUCAUCGCUCAUAUGAGCCACGGUUUUGUCGUUAUCCAGUCUCUGCUUUACAACGUCUACCCAAAUCAGUCAGCCAUCAUUGGCUGUGAACACACAGGCCAAUCUGGAAAUGUUGAAGAUUUUCGACUCUAUAGUAUUUCAGGAAAUAAUAAAAAGCUGCUCUGCCAGAAGGGAAGUUCCAACUGCGCGAAUGUUUUUUAUCAAGCGAGUUUAAACAAGACUGUCUUCUUGCUGGUCAACAUUGGAGAGGAGGCCAUGCAGCUCUCCUACCAGUGCGAGUUCACACUGAGCCAUGGUGGUCUGUUUUACACCGCAACUGGAAAACCAUCCAAACUACAAGUAAUUCACGUGGAUGAAGCCGGAAAAAGUUACACUCUUCUUCCAAAGACACAGACUGCAGCACCUCCUCCUAACGAACAGAUUUCCGUCCUGAUGUGGAUCCUGAUUGGUCUGCUACUGUCAACCCUCCUGUACAGCAGCUUCGUCACCUGCUGCUACAUCCGCCUUAUGAGGAGCAAACAAGACAUUGAGAACCCGACCUACGUGGAAAUGAGGAAAGGUCCUCCAUCCCUGAACAACAUCUACGAUAAUCUGAGGCUGGGCGCGGCUACAGUGCUGUAGCCUUCAUGAUAGCAGCUGUUUCUGCAGAAUAUUUGGUGUCAUGUCAAAAAUGACCAGCAGGGGAGGACAAAUCCUCAUCUGCACCCCUGGAGAAGGUUCACAGCUUUGCAUUUUGGCACCAUGACAUUUAAAGAUCAAUUACUGAAAUGAAGCAUCCAUAUAUUCAUCUUUAUGUAGCAUUGAGUUUCUAAUGCUUUUUUUUCUAUUUUGUCUCUCUACCUUUUCUCAGUGGCUUUUCUCAUCCAUACAAUAUUACUGUUUUUAUCAAAUAUCUUCAUUACUGUAAAAAUGAAAACCAAACUAAUUCAAUUUAAAAAGAACUGUUUCAAAACCGUUCUGUGACUUCUUCAUGACAAAAAUCCAAAAAUAUUUGGAAAUGUUUUCCAUCCGUGAACAGAGGGGGGCAGUAGAGAUCAGAGUUAGGAACAUUCCAGCUCUGUCAUGUUGUCAAAGGGGAAAAUUCAAAAGAAAAAAACACUUUUGCAAUCAGAAAAAUGCUUUCCAAAAAAGUGUUUUCCACAAAUUGAGUUCUUAAAUCAUAUUUAAUUACUAGAUAAACGUCAUUGUAAAAUUGCAGGUUUUCAAAAAUGGAGUUGCUGCCUAAACUGCCUAAAUUAUUUUAAC